AUGUCUGACGACGACAGCUACGAAAUCCCGCUCCAGGACCAGCGUGCCUUUGGAGCUGGUAUCAAACGACAAAGAGUGAAGUUCGUGCCAUCAUCCAUAGCAUCCACCACCCCAUCGCUGAGCAAUUACUCAGGACAGGCAGUCAGCGAUCUCUAUCUUAAACUAGUCCUGCCACGCGAACAGAAAACACUCUCUCCUCAACCGGAAGCUUCAAACAGCCAUGAGAAUCUGCCUUCAAGAGACAGCGAUGAAACUCAGAUGUGCGAGAUCUGCAGCUUCCCCCUUGCAGAAGCAGCUACGCAACCAACCCGAAUUCAGGACGCAGAACACGAUUCCAAGCAACGACCCCAUGAAGCCUCUCUCGCGCACCAAGUAUGCGUAACACACUCCCAUCCGCCAUCACAUCUCGACCGAAACCGUAAGGGUCUCACAUAUCUGUCUGCUUAUGGCUGGGAUCCAGACGCUCGGUGUGGUUUAGGUGCUCAAGGACAAGGCAUACAAUUUCCUGUCAAGACCAAACCAAAAGAGGACAAGAUGGGUAUUGGAGUGGUCUUGCCCAAGCAAGCGGACAGGCCAAAGAAAGAAAAGAUCCAGAAAAUGGAUGCCGGAAGAGUUAGAAAAAUGUACGAACAAGACAAGAAGAAGGCCGAGAGGUUACGAGAGAUGUUCUACAGAAACGAUGACGUUGAAAGAUAUCUCGGCGGUGGUUGA